CGUCUUUAUCAUUCAGGAAGUGCUAGAAUGUGAAGGGGUUCAUUCCUCCGACCAACUCGUGUCCUCUCGGCGCGUAUAUAUUGAGUCGCGGCUGUAGCUGUCAGGACUCACAGAGGAGACAAGAAUCGGAAGAGCGGGAAUUAAGACUCUCUUGGACAAACGGAGACGGCUUCUGGAGUCAUGGGGACUUCGCUUAUUAAACGCGUGACGUUCGUUCUUCUGCUUUUUGCGUUGACCAAAGCCGGAGAAAACUCGGCGUACGGCUCCAUGCUGUCCUCCGACCUGAGCGACCUGAAGGACAUUCUCUCUCGCCUGGAGGAACGGCUCCCAGCUGAAGAACCGGAGGUCCCAUCGCAAGAUUUAUUUGCCCAGAAUUACGACUCCGCGGAUUCCGCAAAUUCUGCUCCUUCCUGGAACGGAGAAGCCAGCAGAUCCCAGCCGGACUUGGCGUAUAACAAAGGCUCCUGGGCGCUGCCCGAGAAACUCACCCCGCUGAAAAGCAAACUGCGGGAACUCCUCAACGCACCCAGGAGCUUCCGGAGGGGCUCGGACUGCUUCGGAUCCCGGAUCGACAGAAUCGGAGCUCAGAGUGGAAUGGGGUGCAAUAGCAAAAGGUUUUGAAAGAAAUCUCCCAGCAGGUGAAGGCCGAGGCGAGCUGCAACGACCAACAACCAACAUCCCAAGAGUAAAGGCUGUUGUAUCUCCAAGCACCGCUCCGUAGUCUCGAUUACGUGCCAAAUAUAUUUAUUUUUCUACGUGUAAAUUGGCUUUUUUCAGCUCACAGACACCGCGAGAGUAAUUUCCGAGCAGCUUUACGCAUCACCCCCUCCCCCCGUACACGCGUUGCAUUGCAGCAGAGAAAGGGUUAAUUCUUUGAGACGCUGGACACUAACAUUUGCUUUCUUUUUUUCUAUAUUGUAUUGUGGAGAAACCCAAUAAAGAGAUGCUUUUUACUAUC